UUUUCAUUUCAGCGAAGACAAGUGAACUGGCGCAAACGCUCGCGCGUCGCGGUCUGUGUCGUGCGCCAAGCUUAACCAUCCACUGGGAUGCCAAAGCGUCUGACCUAAAUAAUAAUUGGCGGGCAAAGUAUAAAUUCAUUCGGAGAUCGAACGCGUCGCGGGUUGCACGAAAUAGACAUGAUGAAUGUGAGAGCUGGUGGAAAACCUGCAGCAGAUCCUGACAAGCCGGUGGAUCUCGACGACGUGCUGGCCAACGAACUCGGCCAGUUCGGCUACUUCCAGUUGAGGAAUAUCAUCCUGGUGAUCAUACCGAUAAUGAUGUCUUCAUUCAUGAGUGAAUAUGUGUUUUCUGCAGCAGCCAUACCACAUCGAUGUCAAAUACCUGAAUGUGGCGAAGAAAAUAUGUUCCAAGAAUACAAUCAAAAUUGGAUAAGCAAUGCUGCUCCUAAAACUGGUUAUGGCGUUUCCUAUUGUACGAGAUAUGCUCCCCAAGGCGGAAAUAUGUACGGAUCGUUGGAGUACUGCCCCGCGAACCUGUUCAAUAUGAAUAAAACUAUCGCUUGCGAGGGAUAUGUUUAUGCUAAUAACAAUUCAGUUGUAUAUGACUUUGAUCUUGGAUGUCAAGACUGGUUGAGAGCUUUGGCGGGAACUCUUAAUAGUGCUGGAAUAUUACUAGCAAUGCCAAUAACAGGGUACGUCUCAGACCGUUACGGACGAAAACUAGCGCUGGUUGUCAGCGUAUUCAAUUUAAGUCUCUUUGGUCUCAUCAGAGCCUUCUCAACAAAUUACUUAAUGUAUUUGAUUCUUCAAAUAGUUCAAACAACGCUCGGUGCGGGUACCUUCAGCUCUGCCUAUAUUUUUGCUGCUGAACUAGUUGGGCCAAAAUACCGCGUGGCUGUCAGUGCAACUUUGUCCUCGAUAUUUGCUUUGGGGGAGGUUAUUCUUGGUACUAUAGCUUGGCUUGUCCAGCCUUGGCGAUAUAUGCUGAUAGCACUCCACGUCCCCGGUUUCCUGGUUAUACUCUACUGUGGAGUAUUAUCAGAAAGCGUUCGAUGGUUGCUAUCAAAAAAAAAGUAUGACGAGGCUAGGAAGAUCUUAGAAAAUGUUGCCAGAAUAAAUAAAACACGGAUAAGUAACAAGUCCAUAGAAGCGUUGAUAAAUAUGCCACAGCAACCAAUACUCGAAAAGGAGGGAAAACCUAACUUGUUCCGUGCGAUAAUUAGCUCUCCCAUAUUGCUAAGAAGAGUUUUGACUACUCCGGUCUGGUGGAUAACUACAAUUUUUGUGUAUUAUGGUCUAUCAAUAAAUUCGGCUCAUCUCUCCGAGACCAUGUACCUGAACUUUAUUUUGACUUGCAUCAUCGAAAUCCCAGGGUUUUAUACGGCCGUUCUGGUGAUGGACAGAACUGGAAGAAAACUAACACUAUCCUCCGGAUUCUUCUUCAGUGCUGUUUGUAAUAUAGCCUUUGUAUUUAUUCCAUACAACUUAUCAAUUAUCCGUUUGGUAUUUUUCCUUCUCGGGAAGUUCAGCAUUUCAAUGGUGAUGACGUCCCUGUACCUGUACACGUCCGAGCUGUACCCCACGGAGUACCGCCACAGCUUGCUUGCAUUUUCAUCAAUGAUUGGACGCAUUGGAGCUAUAACAGCGCCCUUAACUCCAGUACUUAUGUCUUAUUGGCACGGAACGCCGUGCAUGAUGUUUGCCACCAUGGGAGUUUUAUCAGGAUUGUUAGUUUUAUCACAACCUGAAACGUUGGGGACGAAAAUGCCUGACACUUUAGCCGAAGCUGAGGCUCUCGGCAGAACAGUCGACCUCGGAAGAGCCUCAUGAUGAUUGAAGCGAACUUAUCAAAGCAUACUUUAAAAAAGGAUAAAAAAUGUUAUUAGUACGAGAUAUAGCUAUUUUUAUGAUAUUUUUGAUAUACAUGUAUAAAUUAAGCAAUGGUUUAUUUGAAUGCAAGUGAAAAUAAAUAAUUGUUAGUUUUAUCGCUUAUAUAUAAAAUAAAAUAGGUUUGUUACAUUAUAUACCUUUGCCAGUUACAUCAAUUUAAACAUCUGUAAUCUAAAAAACGACAACAAAUGUAAUAGUUUUGAUUCAUAUUCAGCGGUUCCGAUUUAUAGCAUCACAGAACAAAAAGUGAGAGUGAGAACAAGAAAAAAAUGUAUUGACCCUUAAAUUAGCCACGUCGAGAAUGAUAAAACGUUUAGUGAAGACAAAAAGCGAGUUGUCUUCUUUAAUAACGUUCAUAUAAUGUGAUGAACGGAAAAGAACACGCAAAAAGUGUACAAAGACAAUGUUAGCAAUCGAAACGAUAUAAGGGUGCAAUGACCGAAAGGGACAAAUACGAUAAACUGCUAAUAAAGAAAAAUUAUAUAUCUGAAUGAUGUUUUAAGAACAGGGCUGGGAAUUCGGAAGAUUCACUUUUAUUAAUUCAAUACUUACUAGCUGAAGUUAGUAUUGUGCAAUUAUAAUAUCACUGAAUCCUCGUCUGAGUUUUCUGUCCCACUUAUUUGGCUAACUUUCAGCACUGACUGGAGCCAGCACUCCCAGCGUAUACUUUUAAUAAAUAAUUCAAAUUUCUUUGUAA